AUGAUUGCUCUCAGCCCUCUCCUCGGCAUUGACAUACUGGAAGCCAGCAUGCUCAGCCUCAUGAGCAUGUUCACUACUGCUGCUCAGCUCCGUGGUGACCAGAACAGAAGCAUCACAUGUGGUGGAGGUCGAUGCGGUAGAAAAGACUGUGUUGAUGCUGGGAGAUCAGUCGCGCUGCAUUACAAGUGUGAGCCUGGCAUUAUCUUCUUCAGCAUGAUCCUUGCCAUGGUGGUCAUUGUUGGACUUCGACAUUUCUGGGAGAAGAAAUUCUGGGUCGAGGUGGAUCAUGAGUGGUUCCAGACCUUCUCAGAGCACAAGAAGCUCUUUGGUGAGAUCACAGAGUUGACUACUGAACAGGAAGUGCAGUACAGCAAGGCCAUUCAGCAUCGCAAAAUUAAGCACUACGACACCAAGGUCCGACCUGCUGUCAAAAAGGCCAUUGCAGAGCAGACGCUCGGGCCAAAGCAGAUGCUCACUGUCAUCAAGUCGCUGACUGAGAAAGCAUUUGCUGAGGAAAAUGAUGCUGUCAAAGCUGACAUUCAAGCUGAAUUUGAAGCGCAGACACAGAUGGAUGUUCGCGAUGAGGACGGUGAAGGAUUGGGGGUUAUGCAAAUGUCAAAGCAUUCUGGCCAAGAAUGA